UUAGAACUUCACUUUUCCAUAAGGACUUCAAAUGUAAAAUCCUAAAAAUUGUCAAAAAUAUGUUCCAAAUUAAAAGUUUUUCUGAAAGGAUAAGCAAGGAUAUACCCAUGAAGUUGAGUUGUGAAGGUUGGCCAGUGACAGUUCCGCGUGAAUCGAGAUAAUCAUGCCCGAAAACGAGAAUGGAGUUAGCCCCAAGAAGAUUGUGGGCCUUGUUGUACUUAUCUUGGUCAUAUUUCUACUCGUCGCUCUGCCCCAAUGGAUACUGCUGUGCCUCUAUGCGACGGAUCACCUGGUGUACACCCUUACCUGCUUCUGUGUCGCCUUCCUGCUCCUCACCUGCAUGCACCUGUUCGAAGCCCUUAAGUACAAACGCCCAUGGAACUACAUCGUCCUUGCUGUCUGCUACGAGCUGAUGACCCUCGGCGCGGCCAGUUUCCUGAUGGAAUGGGAUAUCACCUUGACGUUCAUCGUCCUGGGUGUAGCCUUUUUGUUUCUUGUACUGUUCCUUCUGCUCUCCCUCCUGCUCAUCGUGCUGGACAAGUAUCCGAAUCCCUUCAAUAUAGCCAUAGUGGGCUCCAUGUGCUUCGUGCUGGCCUUUUUCUUCGAGGUCGUGGAUGUCGUGAAGGAGUGGUGCUUCUGGAGAGAUCUGGCGGUAACGGUGUUUCUAAUCAGUGUGAUCCUCAUCCUUGUCUCGCAUGUCCUUAUCACCGCUGACAACUUUGAGGUUCUGGUGGAGGACGACGCGAUGAUCGUUGCCUUUGUUGUCUACAUAACCUAUUUGCUCUUUCUGAUCGGAGGUCGAAUAUCCGUAAACUGCAUUCAGCAUAACAGGAAACAUCACUGGUAGUGGGAAUAUUUUGUAAAUCUUUAUUUAAUAGUGAGUAUUUUUGUAUCUUGUUAUAAAAGUAUACAAUAAUAGUUACAAUUA